GUAAUUCUGCCAUGUUGACACGAGUCACAAGCAUUACAUCUUUGCCGUUUUAAUUAAUACUAGAACUGUCACGGAAGUGACAUAAAACAUUAGCUCUGUGAAACAGCUUUAGCUUUGUACGCCCCCAACACGCAGAAAAAACAUGGCGGCGUCCUUGAGCAGCACAGGAUUCGUGAGGCUACUGAGUGCGUUUGCCAGGUCCGGCUCAGCGUGCGGCUCCUCUGGAAGCAGAAGCCUGCACGUCACCGCAGUGUGCUGCAAGAAUCGAGCAGCUCGUGUCCGAGUGGCGAAAGGAGACAAACCUGUGACCUAUGAGCAAGCACUUGCACCUCACCACAUUGGCCACCGUAAAGGAUGGCUGUCACAGCACACCAGUAACAUCACAGGUGAAGGGGGAGCGGCUGAACGUACGGUGGAGGACGUGUUCAUAAGGCGUUUCAUGUUCGGGACCUUCCACGGCUGCCUGGCCAAUGAGGUCGUGAUCAAACGGCGCGGCAACACGCUCACAGUGUGCGCUUUAAUGCUACAGAAGUUAAAGCCACAGAAGUUUUACUUCUUAAUAGGCUACACAGAAGCACUGCUGUCGCACCUCUACAAAUGCCCCGUCAAGCUGGAGGUCCAGACCCUGCAGAGUAAAGCUGUGUACAAGUACCUGUGAUGGAACUGUGUGCUAAAGCUGCAGGUGUGCUCCAGAGGUGGUGUGUCGCCAGGCGGAUUUCGCUCUUGUGCGAGAUGGCGACUUUGUUCCCGUCACCUGCUCACGCUGACACGGACUUCGGUUCUGAAUUUACCCCAAAAUGGACGCCAUCAGCUUUUCAGAGUUUUCAGUGAAACAAACCCUCAGAGUUAAAAGAAACACAAUCACUUGUGUGUCAUUGUAACAUUAUGACUGAGUGUGUGUGUGUGUGUGUUGCUCUUCGUUAUCUAAAGGUGAAAUCGGCAACAUAUGAGCAAUUUUUUUUAAGGAGGCUAAUAAACAACGUUCAUCUGUCAGCCGUUUGUUUUUCUUUCCUCUAAAUGUCACUUGAAUAAAAUUAAACUGGCAGAUAUUUUAAA